CCUUUCGCGCGUAAACUAUAUCCCUUCAUUCAUUGUCAGCUUCCUGGAGCCAUUUUCGGCCAGAAAGACGGCAGCUCGUCUCGGUUUUAAAUCCUUCGCAUCUGCUUUGCUCCGCGAUUAAUAUAGAGCCGAAACUGGCUGUAUCGUUAGAUUAGACCCUUAUCUAACACUCGUCGUAAAUAUUUUAGAUUAUACUUUGAGGGAUUUUGAGAAAAUCGGCUCUAAAGUAAAGUAGGGACAAAGGGCAGCCGAGCCUUUAAAGAUGAGAAAAGGGAUCCCCUCGGCCCCGGAGAAAGUGAUCAUAACAGGGGUCGGGGGCUCUGCCGUGGACAAAACCACCGUCUUAACAGCGCUGUCUGAUCGCCUGAGCUCCAAUUUCCCUACGGCCACGUACAUACAGAUCAUCACCCCGCCGUCCUCUUUCACACAGACGGGCCAUGUCUGCGCGUCCGAGGCUCCGGCCGGCAGCUUGAUAUACUCCACUCCCCACGGAUCGGCGAACGGAUCGGGACAGCGACCGGCUUUGGGACGGCCUCCGGCUAAAAGGCGCCUUGAACUGGACGAGACCGACCACCAGUAUAUCGGCGAUGGCGUCAAGACUCCCCGUGGAAAAGGAAGUGUCCCCACUCCCAGUCUGAAGAGCCCCAGAACUCCGAAGUCGCCAUCAGAGAAGACGCGUUACGACACGUCUCUAGGUCUCCUGACUAAGAAGUUUGUCCAGUUGCUGGGCCAGUCCUCCGACGGUGUGGUGGACCUAAACCGGGCCGCCGAGGUCCUCAAGGUUCAGAAGAGGCGGCUGUAUGACAUCACCAACGUUCUGGAAGGGGUUCACCUCAUUAAGAAGAAAUCCAAAAACAACAUCCAGUGGAUGGGCUGUAGCUUGUCAGAGGAAGGGACUGCUCUCAAUCAGUGCCAGACCCUUGGCCGCCAGGUUAUGGAGCUGAGCCAGGAGGAGAAGAAGCUGGAUGAGUUGAUCCAGAGCUGCACCCGGGAUGUGCGGCAAAUGACAGAGGAAACGCACAAUCAGAAGUUUGCCUAUGUCACGUAUCAAGACCUCCGAAAGAUCCGGAGUCUGCGGGAUCAGACUGUGAUCGUGAUCAAAGCGCCCUCAGAGACCAAGCUGGAGGUCCCUGACCCUCAGGAGAGUUUACAGGUUCACUUGACCAGCACACAAGGUCCCAUAGAUGUGUUCUUGUGUCCGGAUGAGAAUAACCCCAGCAGCCCCACGAAGAAUAGCCCCCGCGAUGUCAAUGGAAACAGCCCUCCUCUUGUCAAAGUCUUACAAGAUUGUCCCACGAGCGAAGCCAAUAGCGGAGCACUCGGCGUGUCCGAUUGUGCCGUGACGGUCACCAACAUUUUACCCCUCACGCCGCCUCUUACCGGCCUCCUGCAACAGACGGAGGAUCAGAUCCCUUCUGCCCUGGAGGGGCCUCUCAUUAACCUCUCACCUCCACUCCUCAACGAGGACUACAUGUUAAGCCUGGGAGAUGAGGGCAUCAGUGACCUGUUCGAUGCUUAUGAUUUGGAUCGGCUUCCCCUAGAGGACCUGCUGUGCAACUGAUGGGACGAUAUCCCCCCUGGAGGAAGUCGUAUUUUUUUUUGGCGAAGGUUUAUUCUGAAGGGGCCACUCUCUCUGUUCAAAGAGGUGGGCAUCUGCAGGCCCCCCACCCCAGGGCAGCCUUGGAUCAGCAUCGUCAGGAUGGCUUUGCCUUAAUCCUGAUUUGGGUUUUUUUUUUCUGUCUACAUCCAUAUGGGAACUGCUUUACCAGACCAAGAGCAACCCCCCCCCCCUCCAAUAUACUUGUUCAGAAUCUCUUGGUUGAAGCUUGAGUGUGGGAGGUGGUCCUCCUUAAGCCGGCUGCACCCCCUGCUGUUGCAUUCGCAUACCACUUUUGUAUUUGAUUGUAGCUGCCCUGAGUUUGCUAGAAGCUGUGCCCAGAUGGCCGAACCCAGUCAAGGUUCGAGUGAGUUGCGUCGAGUACCCUGCCUUGCCUGUGCGAUUUCACGCAGACCUGGCCGAUUUUCCGGGUUGUGUCCUAGUGAGAGUCCCGGUGUUCUUCACGGAUCAGUGCCUGGGCCCCGCAGUAGUGCAAAAUGCUGGAACGUGCGCUCUGUUUAAUCUUCUAAGCUGGUUUUGCACCAUGAUUGCUGGUGCAGCUGCCAUUUUUCUGACUGCUAGAAAAAUGCGGAAAGGAGUUACUCCCAUGUGGAGAUCUGGAGUAUGACAUGUACGUUUGUCUGUGUGAAGUGGGCUUUUUAAACAUCUUUCUGUGUUUGUCUGCACUUCUACUCGCUACUUUGGUCUAGAAAUGGACUCUAGGCUGUAGUGAUCUCUGGUUUUACUUUAUAUCUAAUGGAGAUCCCGUGGGUUAGCAGACCCAAUGGAAGGUCUCAUCAGUGCUGGUUUAGCACAUGCAGUUGGGCUGUGCUGCGAUUGCGUUUGUCUUGAAUCGCAGGUAAAUGCUGCAUUGCUCCCCCUGUGCUUCAGUUAAAUUAUUCAUAGGUACUAAUCUGCAUUUUACAGUAUGCAAUAUUUACUAGUAUUUAAAGGUAACCUCUUUCCCUGUCAUUUAGAUACCCAAUAGGUGGUAACUGAAAAAAUUGUAAUUGGAAUAUCUAAGCAGCGUGUCGUAGGGCUUUCGGUAAUAUGGUUAAAUUUUAAUGUAUCGGUUUCUCUGCUCGUUUAUGCCAUACAGUGGUUUUUUGAUUUAUUUUUUUCCAGAAAUCCUCUCCUCCCAUUUCUUUUGGCAGCUCGCUCUUCCUGCAGUAAGAAUGCGACGAACACAUCGAAGGUUUAACAGCUUGGUACUGGUUUGACACGCGGGACGAGCGAUUUUGGCGUAGACUUUCAGCACGGAGCUAACGUACUUCCUGGCUCGAGCCCCUGAGGGCUGCUGGCGUUUUCCGGAAGGUCUCGUUUGUCCGCCUGCACCUCGCAUCUGUCCUGAUGGUGUUUCAGAUCCAGAGGAAUUCAGUCAUACCUGAAGUUUUAAAAUGAUUCUUAGCAUUUAGAGGCCGACCAGGGACCUCCGGAUCGGGGGAUGAAGCUCUUAGAUUUGGUCGGUUUGUCCUCAUUUAAAACUGGCUAAAUGAAUAGUUGCGGUUGCAUAAACAUCAAAACCAGGCUUCCGAAUGAAGACGACAGCCUCCCUUUCACGCCUCUG